UCAAAUCGCCGUUCGAUGCAGUUGCACCUGACAGACCACCAGAGGUCGCUGCAGAAAGCUGCCUCUGCAGCUGAACGUCCUCGUGUUUUGGACUCGCCCACACGUGAGUUUGUAAACACCAGAGUGGAUGUGGACAGCCAUCCUCCUAGCUCCAUGAGGCCCAGUUACUUUCCCCUGGCGCUGUGUGCCAGCCUCCUGUGUCUGUGCUGGAGCUACACCCUCAGGAGCUCCGUGUCCUGGGUCGUGUCUUCCAAAGACGUGGAUGUAGAAGACGCCGACCUGUCCGAAGAAGUCGCCCCGGCGCUUCUGGUGGACGGCGCGGGGCUGUGGAAAGCCAACGUCCUCGGAGACCGCCUGGAGACUCCCGGACUCGGAGAGCAGGUGGAGCCCGAAAGCGAAGAAGCGGCGCAGCUGUCCUCUCGCCUCUUCUCGUAUCCCGUGGAGAAGGUGAAGAAGUCCGGCAGCAGCAGCUCGCCUCCUCCACACCAGGAAACCGCCAGGACUGCCAGAUACAUCGCCCACUACAGCGACUGGGGUCAUCUGGCCACCAUUUCCACUCAAGACAAGAUCAGAGGUCUUCCCUUUGGAAACAUCUUAUCGGUCAGUGACGGACCACAGGACAACAGCACUGGAGUCAUCUAUUUUUAUGUGACUCCAAUGGACAACACUGUGACGGACCUGAAAAAUAACCCGUAUGCCUCUCUCACGUUCUCAGAGGCUGAAGGGGACUUCUGCAGGCAAAUGGUGUAUGAUCCAGAGGAUCCCAGAUGUGCUCGACUCACACUGACAGGCAAAAUGGUGGAGGUGGCCCCAGAGGAGCUCGCUUUUGCAAAGGAGGCAAUGUUCUCGAGGCAUCCUGUGAUGGCAAAGUGGCCAGUGGGACACAAGUGGUUCUUUAUGAAGAUGGAUUUGAUUCAGGUCUGGCUGCAGGACUGGAUCGGGGGAAUAUCAAUCAUCCCACUGGAGGACUACUUUAAAGCUACGCCCUUCUGAGAUCCUGCCUCGCCUCGCUUCGUAACAAACACAUAUCAGUUCUGCUGCAUGCGCCACAGUUAAUACUCGGCACGGUCUGAUAACGAAGUGGCGAUGUGCUAAGACUAUAAAUAUAAAAGUGUGUGCGUGUUCAUCUAUUGCUUUUCAGAAUGCUGCUGCUGUUUUAAUUAGUGAGAGUGAAAAGUUGUCGCAUGUUUGCCUCCCGUUCCCUCCCAGCUUGUCACACAAUAGCAGGUAUAGGUUUUCCUAGGCUUCCUGUGUGAAUGUAUGUAUAGUGUUUUAAAUUGACUAAUUAUAUGUAAGUGUAAUGUUUAUAGUGUAUUUUAUGGGUUUGCACUACAAUAAUGGUGUUUAAAAAAUAAAGUUAAAUUUCCUAUUUAAA